AUGGCACUGUCGCUCCCCAGUCUCCAUGCUGAACGCGUGCAACGAGGCGGCUAUGCGUACGCACCAGGUGAUGAACCUCAUGAAGGAGUCAGAUCAUGGUUUCUUCAAGAAUCACCCAUUCAGCACCACGAGGAUUCUGGACUCUCUGCCAUCGAACACAGCGAUGAUCAAACGGACUUCUCUUUGGAGAGAUUGAUGGCUGACCUUGGCGUGGGUACAAAGGAUCGUUCUGUUCUAGGGCGGGGACCACAUCCUGCUGUGUAUGGUGGCUCUGUGUUGGACACCACUUUUCAGCCGUUUGGCUUUUCGGAGUUAGGUGGGACCCAGUCAUCACCCAGCGGCGUCGCGCAGUCUCUGACGACAGCACGGAAAUCAAGCGUACAGCUACGGCAACAGCAAGUCAUGGAUCAGCUGGAGCAACUUGAGAUGCUAACUCGACAGACUCCGGUGAGGGGAGAGGACGACCAGUUUGUCGACUUUCUUUUUGAGCCAGGCGCUUCAACAGCACCCGACGUCAAACUAACAUCUCCUGUGAGCAAUAGUGAUACCGUGCACGCAUAUGAACACCCUGCGCGGAAGCCGGCGGACCACUGGAUUCGCACAGCGGAGACAGGCGUUUCUAUGACACAGGUUAAAGGAGAGGCCCGUCCCUCUGACCCAGUCGCCGAAAUUAAAGAAGAUGACACGGAUGAACGCGACAAUCACAAAGAUGCUUCGAACGAAAACGAUACAUUUGGCUCUGAUGUACAUUCAAAUGCGCCGGACGCUGGAGAGGGCGCGGAUGAAGCGAGAACAAAUCCUGACCAAUCUCGCGAAGACGGGAACACCUCAGCUUCCGAAAACGCUGCCACAGCCGUGUCAGAGAAAACCCCUGGAGCUUCCGAUGGUAGUGCCGGGAUUCAAGAAUCGAAAGACGUAGAGAUGUCCAACGGUCAUGCACGUGAGACGCUCAGGGUGAACGGGGAAUCAACCGACAGGACUGGGCCUCUCAGCAACCAAGGUCAAUCGGACAAAACCAAGCUGGCUAGCACCGCAGGGCAGGAGCUUGAACAGGAGAGAGAAUUAGAGGGCGAACAAGAACAGCAGAAAGCAGAUACUCAGCAAGACCAGCAGAAUACCUUCAUCCAAGUAAGCAGCGCACACCCAGACCGCAGUCUUCCGCUGGGCAUGCACCAUUUCGCCGUCGCCAUUCACACCCCCGCGCAUCCCAUCGCUGUUAAUGUGGCUGCCAACUGGUGGUUUGUGACAUUCCGCUUCAGUGGCGGCCACGCCGUCACUAAGCAUUUUGAAAAUCGCCUGCUCACAGCACGCGAGAAGUGCUCUUGGAGCGGCUGGCGUCAGGAAACUCCGUGUAGUGCAACGUGCGGCGAGGGAUUAGAAAUCUGGUCCCGGACUUUGUUCGCGGGAGAUAGCGAGGAAGCCUGCGGCGGAGCCCUCCUCAAAAAGAAAUGCAUUAAAGCACCCUGCAGUGUCAACUGUCAGUUGGGGCCGUGGGAGACCAUUGUUGACUGUACGAAGAGCUGCGACGCGGACAACCGUGAUGGCUUCCAAGUGAGCCUGCGUCGAGUCCUUAUGGACAAGGAGGGAUGGGGCAUCGAUUGUAAACGCCUACACCCGUGGAACCCUGACACCAAGGAAGGCUGGUCGGAGAAGCUUGGCGCCGUUGUUCGCCUCUCCCCUUGUAAUACGAAAUUCAGGCAGCCCUGCCACGCAGAACUUGGUUGCAGGGUGGAGAAAGUCAACACCCGAACACUUUCUGCUUCCUAUCCUUGGGGUUCUUGCCCUUUUCCGUGCGGGGGACUAGGAAGCAUUACAAGCAUUGUGCAAGUGGCAAAUGGGAUACCAAGAUGGAUCGGUGAGAGAGAUUUCCCGGAGUCUUUCCAGGUCCCGUGUACUGCGGAUAAAGAACCGCUCGUCAGUCGCAUCCCAUGCAACACGUUCGCUUGCGAGGACUGUUCCGUCUACUUGGAAAAUAUCGAGGAGGCAAAAGCACUACGUGCCUGGAUUUUCUUUCUUCCAUCACAAGAUGCGAAUAUCAUUAAAAUCACUGCUCCCCGAGGAAUCUCUUUUGACUUACAAGCUCCUCCGCAGUCUGGAGCUGAUACAAUUGGCCAAGGGCAAGUAGGUGGUCACAACAAAACAGGGGAUGGCCCCUCUCAGGAAGAAUCGGACGCGACAAGGAGGAAACUUCUGUGGAAAGCUAAAAAUAUUCUUCCGCAGCCCGUACGGGUGGUUAGCGAGGAUGUCCGAGCUGGCGCAGUGGAGUCACGAACAGCAGAAAAUGGCUUCCUUGACCCAAGCGGGAAUCCCAACCAUGACAGUGAUUCCCAAGCGGCAUCCAGUGGCCCAAAGAAAACCGGGCAGUCUGCUGGGGAGAAUGCGUGCGCCCAUGUUCCCACGUCUUUCGGCUACAUCUCCAGCUGUGCAGUGUCCCCCUCACCAAAGUACGAGGGCGCUCAAGAAGCAACCAUGCACUUGGCGGAACUCAUUGCGCCUCGACAAGACACCAUCUUAGACCGGCGUAUUUAUCCGCAUCUGCAGCCUGAAAAUGCCAGGGAGCAUCUCAGGGACCGACACAUGGGAGAGGGCCGCCGACCGGAAUGGCUGGCCGUGCCCAUUACUCUUAGGCAAGCCACGGAAAUGGAAAACGUGGACAAUUUCUAUAUGUGGCUCAUGAGCAGUUCGUCUCCUCGAGAUCCUGAAAUGUUCAAGUGCCACCUGAAAACCAAGUUGGCAGUCCCGGUCAAAUGCCGAUAUGAAUAUUCAGUUAUUGAUCCGAAGGAUUGCAGCGACUGUCGGCUAGACAAUAUGAAGAAGAUAAUGACGCUGCGGCAUUUUGUGCCGGCAAAGCACGGAGGAAGCUGCUCAAUCCCUCUGGAGCAGCGAUUCAAGAAUCCGGUCCUUGUCUAUGCAAAGUGCACAAAAGGAUGUGGCCAGGUGCAACACAACCUGGUACCACCCGCUGAUUCGGCGGAGCGGCAGGAAACAAAGGAGGCCACCAGCGGGGCCACAGCGGAACUGGGUGCCCCGGUUUCAUCACGGCUGACCAAUGUGUCGCGAAAGAGCCUCAAGCGAGAGCUGGACCGAGCCGCAAAGCGACAUUCUUCUCAGGACGUGGAACAAGCUGCGGCACGCGAUAGGUGGCAGCCGCAUCAAGUGGAUCUUGACCAUGUCCCCCAAUAUGAAGACGUAAUGAAGGAGGCGGUUGAACCAAGCUGUUUGUACGCAGCACUGCGGAUCACUGAAUAA